AUGGCAUCGCCAGAGCAAUUAACAUUAGGCUAUGACACAAAGCAUCCAUUCUCAGUCAUAUCUCUCACUGAUCGAUCCUCUGUUCAAAAUCUUCUAAAAAGCCUUCUUGAUCCCCUCAAACCCCACUUUUCCCCGCAAAAAGCCUUGGUUCGUGUACCUGGCUCCACUGCUGUCCGCUUCGAUGCGCGUGCUGCUGAGAUUGAAGGAUUUUGUCGACCACUAUGGGGGUUAAGUUCGCUCUUGGCUGGAGGCGGUGAGUAUAAUGGGACGGAAUGGUGGGUGGAAGGGUUGAAGAAAGGAACAGAUCCGGAGAGUAAGGAGUAUUGGGGAGAGCCUAGAGAUAAUGAUCAAAGAAUGGUGGAAAUGUGUCCAUUGGGAUUUACAUUGGCUGUUGCGCCAGUGUUCUGGGAUAAGUUAAGUGAGAAAGAGAGAGGGAAUGUGGAGACGUGGUUGGGCAACUCGAUUAAUAGUAAAAAUAUGCCGAACACAAAUUGGUUAUGGUUUCGAGUAUUUGCAAACCUAGGACUGAAGAAGAAUGGAGGGAAACACUCACAGGAGAAGAUUGAGCAAGAUAUUGUUCACCUAAACUCUUUUUUCCGAGGAGAAGGAUGGUCCAAUGAUGGACCUGAGGGGAUUUGGCAACAAGAUUAUUACAGUGGAAGCUUUGCGAUACAAUUCCUUCAACUACUUUACGCAAAGCUGGCUGGCGAUGAAGACCCAGCUAAAGCUGCGGAGUUCAAGAAACGAGCUCAAGAUUAUGCGUUGCACUUUGUUCAUUACUUUGAUGAAGAAGGAAGAGCCACACCUUUUGGAAGAAGUGUUGGAUAUCGAUUUGCCAUGGCUUCAUUUUGGGGUGCUUUAGCAUAUGCCGAUGUUGAACUACCAGAACCUUUGACAUGGGGUAUAGUUAAAGGAUUGCUCCUGAGGAAUCUUAGAUGGUGGCAAACACAAGAUCAAAUAUGGAGUCCAACUGGAACAUUAACUGUAGGGUAUUCCUUCCCAAACAUGUUUAUGUCGGAAAAUUACAAUUCACCAGGAAGUCCAUACUGGGCAUGUUUGGCAUUCAUUUGUUUGGCUGUUACCGAAGAUCAUCCGUUCUGGGCAUCUGAAGAGGAACCCUACCCGACGAACCUGAUUCCCAAGACCAUAGCCUUGAAACAUCCUGGACAUAUUAUCAGCUAUCUUGGAGGCCAUAAGAUGAUUCUUUCUUCAGGUCAGGCAUGUUCAUAUCCUAUGAGAGGAACACAUGCAAAAUACGGAUCCUUUGCGUACAGCAGCGCAUAUGGUUAUUCUGUCCCUACAGGAUGCUUUUCGCUAGAACAAUUCGCAUUAGCUUCACAGCUUGGCUUAUCUGAUGAUGGAGGUGAAGUUUGGAAGACACGCCGAAUUUGCGAGACAGCAGUUAUCGAGACGCAUGAUGAUCAACCAGUGUUGAAAUCAAUCUGGAAACCUUUCCCGGAUGUGACUAUCAAAACUUAUCUCAUUCCACCCGUAGAGGAUACUCCAAACUGGCAUCUUCGAGUUCAUAAAAUUGAAGCUGGCCGAAAAGUUAUGACGGCAGAUGGUGCAUUCGCAAUUUUUAAUGAGCGAAAAUCCGAUGGACGCUACCUUGAUCUUUAUGAUCCAGCUAAAAAUGAAGGUACACUUCCCAAAAUCAUCGGAAACUACGACCUCAAUACACCUGAAGGCAGUUCCCCAGGCUCAGCAGGUUCAUUCGCUGUAUCUAAGGGUGCUGUUGGGAUAGUUGCGCUCGAGGACAAUGGUGAAAGUAAGCGCACGGCGAUGCUCGUUAAUGCUGAUCCAAAUUCUAAUUUGGUUGAAAGUCGCACGGUGAUACCUACUUUACAGAUCACGUUGGAAAAAGGGACUGUGACUUGGUUUGUUACCGGUAUAUAUGCUAAGUCUUCUGGGGAAGCGAGAACUUAUCUUGAUGGGUGGAAAAACAGACCUGUAGUUCCUGGAUGGCUGAUAAAUGAGAUGAGAGGCAAUUGA